AUGGCGGCCAACCAGGAUUCUCGCAAAUUGCUUCCGGUUGCAAAUCCAACAUCCUCAUACUGGCGCAGCGAGCUUCAUCAUCUUGACUCGUAUCGGUCGACGCCCGACCUCCCUAAGGAAAGGCAGAUUGUUAUCAUUGGAGCUGGCAUUGCCGGUGUUUCUGUUGCCUACCACCUUUCUACCGCGCCAAAUCCACCGUCUAUUCUCGUACUCGAAGCCCGUCAGACCUGCUCAGGGGCUACAGGCCGCAAUGGAGGCCAUAUCAAAUCCAAGACCACAACUCUGAUGAAACAUACGGACAAGUUCGGUGCGGCAGCUGCGGAUGAGUUCGCUCAAUUUGUGUGGGCUCAAAGGCCAGCACUCAAAGAGGUGAUUGAGAAAGAGGAAAUCGACUGCGAGUUUGAACUUCGCCGAAGCUACGAUGUGUUCAAGUCGGAGAACGAAGCGGCAAAACUGGAGGCGAAGUGGAAGGAAUACCUUUCCAAGGGAUGCGAGUGGACUAGCAACGUGCAUUGGACAGGGAGCGAGUUUGCAGAGAGACUUACGAGCAUCAAGGGCGCCAGGGGGGCUUUCAGUGUACCUGCUUGUUCCCUUUGGCCGUAUAAGUUCGUCACUGCCUUGCUCGAGAGGGCGAUGGGGAAGAACCCUGGUCUAAAUCUACAGACCGAAACACCAGUCCUGAGUGUGGAGACCCAAGAGGGUGGAUCGACCGUCAUCCAAACUCCUAGAGGGUCCGUCAGAGCCGAGAAAGUCGUCUUUGCUACUAAUGCGUACUCAGCGGCCUUGCUUCCAGAAUAUCGUGCUGUCAUCACGCCUUACAAGGGUACGGCGACGCACCUGGCCGCGGAGGAUGGCUGGGAGCCGGUAUUUCCACAUCUGAGCAACACCUACAACAUAGAAUUUGGCCUCGUACCUGGGUCUGAGACGGUAGACUAUCUUAACCCUAGGCCAGACGGUGGGAUCGUGGUGGGCGGCGGGAACUGGAUUUUCCGGGAGCAGCGAGAGCUGUGGUACGACACAGUCGACGACUCAACUCUGAUUGAGCCCAUUGUCAAGUCAAAUUAUUUCGGAGGUUACAUGCAGAGAAACUUUAUGGGCUGGAAGGACAGUGGCACAGGCGUGGAGAGCAUUUGGACCGGGAUUCAAGGAGCUACUCCGGACGGCCUGCCUCAUAUCGGAAAGAUCCCGGGACAGCAGUCUCAGUGGAUUCUGGCGGGUUUCAAUGGGGGUGGAAUGGCUUUGUCGUUUCUUUCUGCGAAGGCAGUUGCCAAGAUGACACUGGACAACGUGCCUUUCGACCAGUCUGGGGUGAAAGUACCCAGAUUGUUUGAGACCACAGAAGAACGACUGCGAAAAGAAAGCUCCAUCUAG